UGAGCCACCCGGCCUCAACACGCAGGCUCUGCACAGCCGGGACUGGCUCGGCGCUGAGCCACUCCUUGGAGGGGGCAGCUGCCAAAAGCUGGGGAUUUCAACGCAGCAAGUGGCACGUGCAAAGGGAACAGUGAAGGGCAAAUGCCUAACUCAACCUCAGCACCUCCUCUUCCCCUGAUUUUACUCAAGUGAGGAAACUGGUUUACUCAAGCAGGGAACUGGUUGUAAGGAUGUCUUUACUGGACAGGGGAAAUCUUCCAUGCCGCUGUUCCUGGAAAUAACUCAGCAUGAUGUCCUGGAGCUUUUCAAAGCCCGUGGUUUGACACAGAAAACUGAAGAAAAAUUUCCCUUGAAAGCUUGAGUGCUUUCAAAAUCCCACUGAGAUGAGGGGGAAGACUCCCUCUGACUUGGAGUGAGAAAGUCCCAUCGAUCUAGGGGCAUAAAUUGGGAGACUUACUUGAAAGGGUUGGGAAAAUUACGUGUUGAGUAAGCAACUGGUUUGUACUUCAAGAAAGGAAUGUGGCAGCAUCAGCAUCAGGAAACUGCCAUUAUAAAGCCUAUUCUUGAGACAUUCUUAAUGGGGAAGCAGUGGAGAUGGCGUCAAGCCGGGCAGAGGGUUGCUCAUCAGCACGUGUUCAGAUCUUGGUAUUGAAUGUGUAAUCAUGAGAUUUGGGCUUGCCUGAUAAAUGCCAGAUGAUAGAAAAAUUCGUAGGCCCAUGUGCAGCAUCAGAUUUGGGAAUCAAACACUGCUUGAUGAGAAAAUUAGAUACUAAAUAAGCACAAGACAUAGACAGAUGUUUAUAAAUAUAAAGAGGAAACUAAAAAUAGGAAUGUGAGUGUAUCGCUACCGAUGUCCAGAAGAUGUCAUGACUAGAAAGCAUUUCUGUUUAAGCUAGUGAGCUAGACACAUAUCCCAGGUGCUCAGUUCUAGUGUGGCACCCGGACCAUGGGAGGUGGCUAAGUACAAAGACAGCUGCCCCUGAUGGGUAGAGAGAAAGGCCACUUUCUCAGGGAUGUGGAAAAUGGCAGGGGUAGGGCCAGGGACCAGAAGGCUUAUUUGAGGGCUGAGCAUGCUUUUGCUGCAUAUUUCUGACUUUUAAAUUACUGCAGCUUUCAGUAACAGUUUGAAAGCAUUGCCACAUCAUUUGCAGCAUGGGGAAACUACUCUUCCUACCCCCACCACCACAGGAAGAGGGAUUUCAGGUGGAAGCUCUCUUAUCUCGUCUCUCCCUCCAACAAGCAAAGAUAUACCCAGGUGGAGAUGAAGCAAGAGGAACCCAGGCUAAAAGUGAGGCACAAAUCCAUGAGUGGGCAAGGAGCUGCUGCAGCAACCCACCUGUGACCGUGCUACAGUGCGUUCAGCUGGCCACGAGGCAGCUGCCGUAAAGCCAAGCUGUGGCUGCUCACACCGGGCUGAAUUCGGGUAGCUGCGACAGGCAGUGGCAUCCACCUGCAGGGCACCAGCACUUGCAGGGAGGUUCCCAGGGGCAAGGAGACCCCUGGCCCCCAGGAGCUGGAGCCACGCAGAGGAGCUGCCAUUGGGUGCCAGGUGCCUGAGCCACUCCUUACUGCCCCUCCAGCGCCUGCUCCCUCCCUCCCUCUCGCCAGGGACCAGGGACGGACGCACUCUGCCCAGGCCAGGUCACGGAGGCAGACUCCACGUCGUGCAACACGCAUGCUGCUGCUGCAGGUGCUUCUGGCUGCUGCAGCCCUUUGCUCCUAUGGAGCCGCGCAAAUCCUCCGGCAGCCAAAACCUUCCGUGCGCAGAGUGGCAUACAGCACUGCGCGGAUCGACUGCCACUUCUCGGGGUCAGACUUUCCCAAUGCCUACAUCCACUGGUACCAGCAGAAACCCGGGGAAGCCCCACAGCACCUUCUGUAUGUGCAGAAAGGGGCGGCUGCGUACUACGACCAGUCCUACAGGGAAACUUUUGGGGCUGAGAAGAAGAAGACGGAGCCCAUCUGUACUCUCACAAUAAAAAGAGUCACAAAGGAGCAGGAAGCCACCUAUUACUGUGCUUACUGGGAGAGCACAGCCGUAGAAAACCCUCAGGCAGCCGGCACACAACCCAGGCUGUGCUCCCCACCACAGGCGGGUGAGGGCUGCAAACCUCACCUGGCUGCAGGCUCCUGCUGGCCUGGCUGGGCACACCUGCAGGGACUCCCGAGGGUGGAAGACGUGGCAAAGAAAGGCCCCCACAUACUUUUUGGCCCACCUGCAGCUGGCACAGCCUCAUUGCACGUCAACAAGACAAGUGGUUUUUCCUGCUCAGAUCCGCUUGGCCAGUGCUCGAAGCUGGCUCCGAGCCUGUCCCCGCAUGGAAGCCCUACGGAGGCAGUCCUGCACGAGCCUUGCAGCAAAGCCCGGUAUCCGUCACCAAGCCCGAAAGCAAAACGGUGCUCAUCACCUGCCACGUCUCCGUCCCUGACUUUGACAAAGCUUUCAUUCACUGGUACCGCACGAGGCCUGGGGCAGCUCCCGAGCGCGUUGCCUACAUGGCAUCCACGCUCUUCCUUGCGAACCGGGAAGAUGAGGGGAAAUUCAGCAUUGAGAAGGACGUGGGCAAAUCUCUCUGCACCCUGACGGUGACCAAAGUCACCCUGCGAGAUGCUGGUACCUACUACUGCGCCAGGUGGGAUGCACAGCAGCAGAGAGCCAUAGGCAGCCUGCACAAAGAUGUGCUCCGCUUCCUGGACCAUACCCUGAAAUGCCCAAAACCUCAAGAAACGU